AUGAACAUCCAAACUUCGAAUGAACCCACUAUAACGAAAAACAUUCAGAAAUACUUCCUUGAUGUUCGUAAUGAGAAUAAUUGUCAUGACUUCAUUAAAAACUUAAAAUUGAAUUAUAAAAGCGCUAUUAAUUUAUGCGAACAAUUCAUAUUAAGUUGUGUCUGGAAACAACCAGCUAAGCCUCCUCCAAAAAAUCCAUUAUUAAUUACAAACUGCCCAGAAUUAAAUUACGCCAAAAUCAAAAUCAGGAAAUUAAUAGAGAGAUACAAAUGCGAAGUUUCAGAUCAUAUUGACAGAAGAAAGGCAGAAAUAUUAUGCCUCUAUGACUAUUGUAAGAAAGCUAUUGAUAAUUUAGAAAUUUCGCAACAUAAAAUGAUUAAUAUUACUCUCAUCCCUCCGAGAUUAGAUGCAAAUCUAUUAGUAUCUUUCGAGUUAGUCAACAAAAUUAACAUUUUAAAUUACUUUAUUAAUGACAAAUCCACAUUACAAGAUUUCACUCCAUACGCUAUCCCAAAGCAACAGAUAAAUGAAAUGCUUAAUACUUUAUGGGGUCUUAGGGAUAAAAAGACUAAUUGGUUUCCAAGAUCUGCAAUUACUGAAAGACUUGAGCUUGCAUUUGCUACGCAAAAACUUUCUUUCGAUACAACAUCUAAAAUUACUUUUAUCAAAUCCAUUUUUGAUAAUGCGAAACAACUAGAAUAUACACUUGGAUAUAAUACCGACAAUUUUUUUGAGAUUUAUUUAACAUUAUACAGAUAUGCAUUUGAUAGAUAUCAACAUUUGUUUCGACCAAGCGGAUAUAUUGUUAAACAAUUCAGAAGCAAUCACAUUGAUAAUUUUCAGGCCUUAUGUAGUGAAUCAGCUAAAGUUUAUAAUCAAGCACAAGAAUACCUUUUUAAUUCAAUGUUUGAAUGCAAUCCUAUCGAUAUCUUUUAUGGAAUUAGUUUAAUUAGCGAAUCAAUUGUUAAGAUAUGCAAAAUUGAGGCUAAAAAUCAAAAUAAAGACAUUCCUACAUUCAUAUCAUUUGAUAAAACCAUUGUAAUUUGGCAUAAAUUAAUUAUUGACACAGAUUUUACUUAUUGUUCGUUUAUCAACGAAUAUUUAGAAGAUUACGCAUCAGAUAAGUCGUUAUCUGAUUAUACACGAUGCUCGUUUGAAGCAUUUAAAGUUUGCGUUGAUGAUUUACUCAAAAGUUCGACGCUUGCAUAG